UAGUUCCUCCAUCUCUGCAGCUCAUGUGGUUCUCUGUCUGCAUCAGACACAACAAUGGACCCAAUCAUGGGUUGCGUCUCCGAGGAACAACCUUGCUUUCUCGCCGCUUUGGAUCUUCACACAACAUGGGCAGAUUCGGUCUUUACAAGAGGAUCUCCCCUCUCGGUGAUCCCAAAUUCUCCAUCGUCCCCGUUCUCGACGAAUGGGUGAGGGAGGGCAACUCCGUGAACAAGCAACAGCUUCGGCAGUUGAUCAAGGAGCUUACCAAGUACAGCCGCUUCGGUCAUGCCCUCGAGAAAUGUGAUGGGUCUGAACCUUAGCUUCUGAGAUUUAAAAAAAAACAAUGACGAAACUGUGAACUCCGGUUGCUUGCUGGAUUGGAGGCCUUUUUCCCGCUGAAAUUUCUGUGGUAUCAUAAGAUAAACUGGAAAUUCUCCAUACAAGCAAUGUUUUGUCGCAUGUAAGUUC